GGAGGCUUCUGAAUUCAAGUACACUAAAUAGGACAGUUUAAGAUUCCAGAAUUCCAAAACCCACUAUUGUGAAGGCAGAAUCUUCUUCAGUUUCUACAAUAUCCAAGAACACUGCUGUGGGACAAAAGCCUCGAAGCUCAAUCGGAAUCUUCCACCAGUUACUGCCGACAAAACUGCAGGACUGAGAAGAGGGUCUUCAUUGAUUCCCGAGAAGAAACCUAAUUCUGCAUAUGUAAUCCGUUCAAGUAAAACUUCGGUAAAUUUGUCUAAGGAUAAGCAUUUAUCAACUGAUUUACGGCCUCCACAGUCUGUAAAAGGUACUAAGAUUGGUCAGAAGACGACUCCACAUCCUGUACUUUGUGCUGAUAAACAUAAUGCAGUUACUGAAUCUCGUGCUGAAGUUGACAAUCCUGUGGCACACAACACUAACUGUAUUAGUGAGGAUAUUCCAAAUCCACUAACUCAACCUACAAAAGUAACCGGUUUGCGGAUGCCUUCGCCAUCCCUUCGAUUCUUUGAUCAGCCAAAAUCUUCAGCUUCUCACAGUAAUCAGUCAGUUACCGCUCAAUUAAGCAAUCAUCGAGCAAGCAAACGUAAUCAGUCGAACCGUGUUGUGGACCCCAAACGUCUACUUAAACUAGAUGAGACUGCCAGACUGACAAAAGCUGGAACUACUAAAGUUGAAGUUAAUGCCCUAAGCUCAACUUCAAAGUGUUCUGUUCCGCCUGUGGCUAGUAUUGCUUCAUAUACAAAGCUGAAACCAAAGAUUAAACCAAGCAAUGUGCAGGUUGAAGCAAAUGUGUCUGCUUCCAUGAGUUCUUUUAACCAGACAAGUAAUCAAGAGGAAUUACACAAUCUUAAUAUUGAUGUUGAUAAGCAGGAGGUGAAGGAAGAAAAUACAAGAAGUCACACACAUGAUGAAGUUGGUCAGGUUACGCACGAGGUAAACCUGGGCUUGGCGCUAGUUCACACAUCUGUAUGCUGCACACUCCUGCAAUGGUCCAAAGAGAUAACAAGCUUGAGAAGCAGGAAAGGAAUAAAAAACAUGAUGCAAAUGUCAAAAUUGAAAUCCCAUAUAUAUAUGGGGGAUGCAAAUAAUGAACCAUAAUUUUGGGCAUACCAAAAUCUUUCAAGGCAUACUGAAUGAAGACAAAAAAGGUUGUUGAAUAGCAAAAUCAGA